AUGACAAUCGGUUCCGGACCAGCGGCAAAUGAAUGUGCCGGAAAUAACAUGAAAACUGCCUUAAAUGUGUUUAAGGAAAAGAUUCCCGAACCUAUGCGUACAAUUCUAACAUGUAGGAACCCCCAGACCCUUGAAGUAGCAAUGGAAAUACUAUUCCAAGCUGGCUAUGCUUACGUCACAUCAACAAACGAAAUAUUUCCCAGCUAUGGAAAACCACCGAACAAAAUAGGACAUAAAAAUCGACAAACAUACCGACAAGUUGGUAACAACAAUUCUAAUAAUACAAAGAUUUUUAACAAUCGAAACACGCAACCACACUUUUCAUAUAAUCAACCAAACCCUCGAAAUCACUAUCGGAAUGACAUUCAAAAUAUCUCAAAUAAUUGGGAAAGAAGAGACUAUCGGAACUCUAAUCAUAACGGACAAAAUCAACAACAAAAUAACUGGAAUCCUUCCAGACAACAGGACAGACAAAAUAUAAAACGUGACAACUAUUUCCCUAGACCUGAACCCAUGGACGUAAAUAACAUUGAGACACCAAUUAAUCGCAAUCAUCCUCAAGGAAACGAUUUACUUAGACCAUUGAAAGCUAAAAUUUGUUAUGAGACAAAUACGAUAAAUAUAGGAGGAAACACAUUACCUCUUCUUGUUAAAAGCGAAGAUGAACAGGAAACCCAAUAUAAUAAGGACGACGAGAAUUAUAUUAGGGAAUUAAAUGAAAAUGGAAUAACAAAAACGGAAACCUUGGAAAUGGAAAUUAAUUUUGCGUCAGAUUUUAGAUCUAUUAAUGCUCAGAUUCGAGUAGAACACCUAAAUGCUGAAGAAAAAUUAUAA